CUCUCCUGAUACCUCCUGAUACUAUCUGAAAUGACCACCGUUGUCAAAGUUAAAAAUUCACGAAGGGUUGUCAUAGAUCAUUUCUCGCUGGACCCUCCUCGCUCGACCACACCACUUCACUUCCCUUAUGCGCCACUGAAGAGAAGACCAACCUUUGACGUAUGUUCCUGCUUUUUCUACGCCAUUCCAAUACCUGGAUGUUAGGCGGACCUGUGAAUCUGAUCCUCUCGACACACUCCCUCGCGCUCUCAUACCUCGUUCACAUGCCUCCCUUCGGCCACCAGUCUUGCGAUUUGGUUGGGUGGCUGACGAUGAGAAACUCCUCGAGCUAGCUGAGAAGUACGAUUGUAUAAUCACAAAAGCCGCUUACGAUCCCAAGGAUGUGGAAGACGAGGACGAGGACGAGGACGAGGAUGAGGAUGAGGAUGAGGACAAGGACAAGGACGAAGACGACGAUCCUCGGUGGCCUGGUGUCGACAUGUUGGACACCAUGAACGAUGUUAUAGUGCAAGUAGCCAAUGAUCUUGGCAUCGAAUUACCGAAUCUUGAGAUCGGAGGCGCAAUGCGAGGUAGCGAGUGCACCAUCGUGUCGCUGUUUACCAACUAUGACGUCACACAAAAGCUGCCUUCGCAAGAAGACAUUGAGCGCUAUGGCGCCGCACUGGGCGUGACCGAGAAGCCCAAAUGGUACCUGGACGAGAUGAACUGUUGGUGGACUACUCGUCGGUACCUGUGGUGAACGCGGACCACGAUCUAUCGUCUCUAGUGUCCUCUCGUCUCGGUGUCAUUCGGUCUAUACAUAGCUAUCAUCUUUGGAGAUUCUGCUAU